CAGGAUGCAGUGUGGAACUUUUGUUCGUUCUCUGUUUUUAAUUUUUACUACCACGACAUAUUUUCAGCCCACUGUGGGUAAUGUUUUGAUGAGACGAGACAACGACAACUCUGAAUACACAAACGUUACCAUUGUGGAAAACAGCUGUCUGGAUAUAUUUUCGUGUCCUAAAACGUCAUUAGACAAUACAGACGAGGAUGGGAACUUUUUCUUGGGAGAAAAUUUUUUCACCAGUUACUGCAAAUACACACAGGAACUCCUUGACUGUGCAGAAGAACGUGAUAUUGUCAAUGAUCCAGAAUGCGCAGACGAAAUUAAUUAUCUUGCCGUUUUUUCAACUCCGGAAACAAGCUUAUGUUUAAAUCCUAUGUACCCAAUGAUGCAAGAGUUACGACCAUGUCUUAACAGUAUAUACGUGAAGCUUGAUAACUACUCACAAAUAUUGCGAGCACUGAUGAAACCUGUGGGCCACGAUAUCACAACAGAUUUGUCAAAAGAGUCUUUCUGCACAACAUACGAUCAGAUUUUGGAUGCAACAGUCGAAGAAUUCAGAAGAUGCCCUGGCAGCAGCUUUCAGUGGACACCACAGAAUAUAAAAAUUCUUCGGAGAAAUUACUAUCCAAUUGUAACUGGGAAAAUCCCUCCAUUCGAAUGCAACAAAUCCGAUUCUUGAAAAAUUACACGAGAAUUGAAAUAUCUUUCAAUAAACAAAAUUAAUACACUU